GAGAAGGUGGAGACGAUUGGGGCGCUUGGGACAGCUGGCAGUCAUGUGCGGUCACGUGUGGCGUUGGUGUGCGCAUGCGCUAUCGGGAGUGUGUCAUCGACAGUUGCCUUGGUGACGAUGUCGAUUCAGAAGACUGCUCCGCUGAUGAACUAUGUGAAGAUAGUACAGCUAUCAGUGAAUUUAAGGCCGAGGAAGGAAAGGGCGUGGUCAUCAGUUGCCUAGACAGCCGGUUCGUUGAAGACCAUCCUGGGUCGGAGGUUGUUUGGUCUAAGAACGAAGAACCCGUAAAGAUGGAUGAUCGCUUUGUGCUUGUCGACCUUGCAGACCUUGAAAUCAAACGUGUACAACCAGACGAUGAGGGCGUUUAUGUCUGUUCAGUGCUAUCAGGAGACAAAACUUUCAACCGCCAUGUUGUUCUUCUAAAAAUUCACUCCAAGAGUGGUGGCGGUGGCGGCGGUAAGUUUUUAUGUCAAUAUUAA